AUGUUAGUAUCGAGAGCCAAUAGAGCCAUUGCAAGGUAUAAUCGUCAUGGUGAAUGGCUAAGUAGAUUUGUACACAGACCUUAUAUUUCAAAUGCAAAACAAAAUACCUCACGUCAUCAUUAUACUACAUCUUCACAUUUAAGUAAGCAUCUUUUUGUUCGUAGUACCAAAUUUUCAAAGGAUUUAGGCUGGGCUUUAUUAGGAGGAUCCGGAUUGAUGUUAGCAUCUUAUUCAUGGUUAACUUCGUCACCAAUUUCAUUAGAUGCUGUAGAUGGCAUAAAUCAUUAUUCUACAAAGGUCUCUAAUAAGAGUGAUACAAUCACUUUGUUGACAGACUCUGAAAUAAAUAAGAAAUUACGUGGUUUGGAACAAAGCUAUAUCGUUAACAGAAAUAAAGGGAUAUCUCGUUACGAUGUUGCCCAACUUCCUUCAAAUAAUCCAAUAGAAGAUAAUCAUAUAGAACAAGUAAUCACUGUUCCAGUAAAGGACAGUGAAGAAGAUUUAUAUUUUUUUGGUAUUUUUGAUGGUCAUAGUGGUCCCUUCACGUCGGCGAAACUAUCAAAGGAUAUGGUAAGAUAUGUAGCCAAACAACUAUCACCAUUUUAUUCAUCACAGAAGAGUGAAGGCUCUAGUGAACAAGUAGAUUCUGCCAUUAGUAAUGCAUUCAUCCAAUUAGAUCAAGAUAUUGUUCAAGAAUCAUUUAAGCAAUUAUUUAAGGAUCCAUCUCAAGAAAACAUGGUUAAUGUAUUGCCCGCUAUAUCUGGAUCUUGUGCCUUGUUAUCAUUAUACAAUUCUAAAAAUUCGACUUUAAAAGUAGCUGUCACUGGUGACUCUAGAGCAUUGAUUGGUGGUUUAGAUGAAAAUAACAACUGGUUUGUCAAGGCUUUAUCAAUCGAUCAAACAGGUGAUAAUUUAGAUGAAGUUACAAGGAUACAAAAUGAACAUCCUGGAGAACCAAAUGCUGUUCGUAGAGGGAGGGUAUUAGGUUGUUUACAACCUUCUCGUGCCUUCGGUGAUUAUCGAUACAAAUUAAAGGAAGUAGAUGGUAAAAAAUUAAGCGAACUUCCAGAUCAUGUCAAAAUAUAUUUUAGAAGUGAACCAAGAGAUUUGCUAACACCUCCUUAUGUAACCUCAAAACCCGAAAUCACUACAACUACUAUUCGAAAUAAUGUAAAAUUUAUGAUAAUGGGUUCUGAUGGUUUAUUUGAAUUAUUAACAAACGAAGAGAUUGUCGGUCUAGUAGUCAAAUGGCAAGAGCAAUUCAUGAACCAAAAUCAAAACGAUAAGACCAAUGUAACACGAAACGGUAAAUUACCAUCAGUGAAAGAUCUUACAUCGGAUAAAUCAUCACAAAGACCUGCAUUUAGGUACAAGAAAAACAACAAUUCAAACACAACAGACUAUUUAUUAGAAGAUUCAAAUGUUGCUACACAUCUAAUUAGAAAUGCACUUAGUGCAGGUGGUCAAAAGGAAUACGUGUCUACUUUAACCAGUAUCCCAUCACCAAUGAGUAGAAAAUAUAGAGAUGAUUUAACUGUUACAGUUGCAUUUUUUGGAGAGUCUGAAAAGAAAGAUGGUUCUCUAGAGAUUAAUCAUGAGGCCACCGCUCCACCAAAACCAAAAUUAUAA